AUGGCCGUCCUAGAUGAUGAAGAGCUUACGACAAUCACCAACAACCCUGAUGCACACGAGAUUAUUUAUACACCUCUUGACAGCACUUGCCAUGAGAUCCGGUUGCUUACGUUGCACCCAGCAAGCAAGGAAAGCGAUCGGAUCUGUUGUACUCUUUCCCACGCCGAGUUGAAGCCCACCAACUCCUCAACUCUCCCUGUUUACGAAGCCCUCUCCUACGUCUGGGGUAAACCCGACUUCUCGGAAUUAAUUCUUCUCAACGAUACAUACUUCUACAUCACACCAAGUCUAAAAUAUGCCCUCUCAUGCCUGAGAUACAAGACCCAACCAUGCGUUCUAUGGGUAGAUGCACUCUGCAUCAACCAGUCAGAUAUUCCAGAACGCAAUCAACAAGUCGCUUUGAUGCGUGAAAUUUACUCAAAGUGCGAGAGAGACAUCGCUUGGUUGGAUCCAGUCGUUGGUGUGGCCUUCACGUCGGACGAUAUAUACAACGAUCCAAAACUUGCUCAAAUGGAAGCCAGCAUUAAGGAGGGUAUGGAACUGAUGAAUACCAUCAUAGAAAAGGACCGCAAUACUCUUGGGGAACUGUUAGCCCCCUAUCAUGACGGUGGGUACAGACUUGAAUAUAACGAAGAGGUUCGUCUCCGCGAUUUGUUCGACUCGCCGUUUCUGUGGAAACGUCUUUGGGUUAUGCAAGAGCUUUCAUUAGCGCCCAAGCUGGUUCUCAUGUGCAAGGGUGCUGAACUUGACUGGGACUCGUUAUCGGCUCUUCUGAAGGACCAGCCAUAUCUGGACGCGUUUCACAUGGGGGAUUCUCAUGCCUUUUACCUACCAGUCUGGAGCGACUUGUUUGUCCGAAUCAAGCUCAUCGAGGAUCAACGCCGGCUGUUCAGUUCACCUGGACAGGUCAGUUCGAAACUGAUGGAUGUAUUAACCAGGUUUCGCGAGAUGGAGUCUACUGAUCCCAGAGACAGGAUCUAUAGUCUCCUUGGCUUGGCGACUGAUGAUCAUGGAAUCCACGCCGACUAUACCAAGUCGGUACCUGAUUUGUAUCGGACCACUACUAUUUCCUUGAUCAAUCUGUCUGGGAAUCUGGAUAUCUUGUGUCAAAAUCCAUUCGAGGCCAGUAGGGGACACAAGGCUCUUCAACAUGCACAAGAUGCCCUGCCUUCUUGGGUCACCGAGUUUAACUCGAGCCACAGAGACUGUGCAGAGAUUAUGUUCGCCCAGCGCGACAUUUUCAACGCCGGAGUCACGACCUACGAGACACCCUGUCGGCUUGUUGGACCCGGAAGUGAUACCUUGAUUGUGCGAGGCAUCAUUCUCGGAGCUAUCGGACCAAUUCUCCAGGUCAGAGACCAAGACUAUACCGCUCGCGAUAUGUUGAAACUAUAUUUCAGCGAAGAAGCAAUCCUGAAGCCCAAGAGUCGCAUCUAUGCCCCGAAGAUUGGUGGAAAGACGUUGACAAGCGGCGAGACAUGUUUACGUGCGUUCUGGCGGACGCUCGUAAAGGAUUGCACAUUACCACCUAAAAUGAGACGUUUAAAAAGCAACGAGGUCAGGUCUCUCGACAAAGUCAACAUGAAGGAGUUGUCCAACGAGACGAUGAUCAACGUUAGUACAAUUUGUGUCGAAAAUGAUCUAUACAGCGACCGAUCUAUGUUUUCCAAGUGCUUAGGCAACACCUUGGAUUAUAGUGGUAUCAAAAGCAAGUUCUCCACGUCGCCUGUAGGCAACCCUUAUAGCCAUUACGCGACAAAGCACUAUAUGUUUGUGGUGACGGACAACGGACUAUAUGUUCUUGCAAGGCCUCAUGUUGAGGAGGGAGAUGUUAUUGCUGUUCUGGAUGGUGGCAAGGUACCCAUGAUUUUAAGAAAGGCUGGUCAGGUUUCUGAAAAGGACGGUACUAGGGAUACUUAUAAAGUUGUUUGUCCGGCGUCAAUGUCUUACCAAGUCCCUCAGAAUGGCGUCUUGCCUCCAAUGCCUCCACAAGGAUAUGCCAUGCCCAGUCCCCCUAGCCAGCCACAGAGCCACUCCAUGUACCACCCUCCCCAACACUGUACAUCAACUCCAUCGCAGAAUCAGAUGGACGGCCCGGCUCGCUAUAAAGUGGCCAAGCCUACUUUCCACAGCCGAUACGAAUGCAGACCCGACCAUGCAUCCGACGGCCCGGUUACAUACAGCCUCAAAGUGUCAAAGGAUCCAGAUUUGUCCUUUAGCGCGGAGGGAAUCCCAAUGGGUGCAUGCUACCUUCCAAACUACAAGCGCGUCUCUCGAAGCGAUGCCAAAAGCUUCAAGAUUGUCAUUGGAAGGCCCCCGAACGUACAGUACAUACAGAUGAUUCAUCGCGGCAAUGACGACUUGGGCUGGACAUUUAUGUUUAACCUUCCCAAUACUGGACAGCCCAUACCCAUGACUUGGAAGAAGGACAACAAUGUUGCUGUCGAUGGAAUGCACGCUUCACGUCUCAGUGACAACAACUUUAAACUUCAAGAUCCUCAUGGACAACUCAUGGCUGUUUUUACGAGUCAUACUAUGAGUUUGCGACUGAGUGCAGUUGGUACUAUGCAGAUAAACAUGGAUCUGGGUCCCAUAUUCGAGUAUGCUGUCAUUAUGAGCUUGCUUUCGAUUUAUGAGUACCAAAAGCGGGAGGAGGACGAGAACUCGACUCAUCUUAAUGCUGCUGCUGGGGCUGCAGCGGCUAGUAGCUGUUGA